AUGGCGCCUACUAAGCCAGCUACCCUUGCGUAUGCAAAACUAGUGGAAGUCGGGCUUAUCCAACAUAUAGGGCCGAAUAAACAGGAGGGGAGUCUGCCUGCAGCAACCAAGGACGGAACCCAGAAACUUACUGACCCUCAGAGAAAAAAAUUGAUGACACAGUUGAAUGAGCUAGUCCAAUGGGUGCAGCAGGCUGCAGGCUCCAAUGUUCUUGAUAUUCCAGGUUAUAAAGGAAGUCAUGAAGCAGCGAAAGAGUUCUUGCUCGACGUUCUGAAAGUAGCAGAAGGCGAAAAUAUUGACGGUGCGGCUACGGCUAUGGGAAAGGUCGAAUCUGCAAGUACGACCCCCAGCCGGGGAGACACUCCAGCGGCAGACCCUCCAGCGGCAAACCCAUCAGCGGCAGACCCUCCAGCGGCAAACCCUCCAGCGGCAGACCCUCCAGCGGCAGACCCUCCAGCAAAGAGAAUUCAGCGUCGCCGUUAUAACCCUAAGGGUAGGAAGGCAAAAGCUGAAUCAACCAUUGAAGGAGUAGAACCUGAGAAUUUCUCGUGGACAACGGGCGACCCACAUGAAUGGCCAUGGCCUACGUACGAGCUGCCCAACGGUGGUGCCCUCAUGGCUGAGAAAACCACUAAUAGGAUGGAUUCAGAUAAAAAUCCUAUAAGCUACUAUCUAGUAGAAUUAAGAGUGGAAGUCGAAGGUCUGGGGGUACUCUAUCAACACAAGCUGGUUAGGUAUAGCGACUACCCUGGAGAAAUCGAUGCUUGGAAGGAGGCAGCUGGUGAGGAAAGAUGCAAAUUCGCGGCCACGGACAAACCUGACUCUAAAGAAAAGCUGCGGAAUGGCAAAUCCUAUGAAUUCGAGAGACUAGAUUUCAUUGCGUCUCUGACGCCAGGAAGCAAGGAUCCAACAAAGGGGUCUCAAAAGAGGCCAGAAACCGAGUGUAUCGUUGCGGUUAAAGGGCACGAAAAACCCAUAUUCUUAACUAUGGGAGAGUUCUUCCGGAUGGUUGGUAAGAGAAAAGCAGAGAGUUUGAUUAUCUUUGUUUGCAACAGAGACGGGAUGUCUUUGCCAGGCAAAACCGAAGCAAGAAGGAUAUCGUAUAUGAAUCCGGCAUGCCCAGAUAAUACGGAGAGCCUGGAAUUCCAGGAAAAAAAUAAACCGAUCCCAGCACAAGCUGUAAUUCAACAGUCGGAGACAGCAGUUCCUGAUGAGCACCUGAAACGAACCGUGAGGGAAAUGUUGGCCGUCGAGAAGCAAAGGGUGGAUGUACGGUUUCAGAAGAUCGAGAGCGACGUCUACGGAGUCAAGAGCACCCUUCACGCACACGGAGGCUAUUUACAGAGUAUUCUUAGCCUACUACAAGAGAAUCUGCCAAAUAAAAACCCAGACACUCAACCUCGAGAUACUAUUCCUGUUGGAAGAAAACUGAUGGAUGUGCUUCAAGGUUCGGGAAACAGUCGACAAUCGGAAAGACAGCAAACCCUACCACCCUACACCUCUCCGAGUCCAGAGGUAGCCCAGCAGCAAGUACAGCGUUCCAUUGAGGUAUGA